AUGCCCUCUCUAUCAGAUCACAUAGACCGUCUCGCCAACACUGCCAAGUCCAUCCGCUCUGCUGCAACAGCCAUAGCAAGCUCGGCUGCUCCCAUCGGAAAUGCGUUCACUGCCGCCGUCCUCGACACCCCAUUAGGCGACCUCAUCCGCGAUGCCGAUCCAUCAGAGCUCGGGCUGUUCACCCUCCUGCCUCCUGCUCCUGUGGCCCGACACCCAGGUACUCGUGAGCCGGAUCCUAUGGGGCCCCCAGCAGAGAUCGCGCGAGUUGAGGUUGUCAGCGCCACUCCUCUGCGGAAGCAUCCUACUGUGCGAAGAGAAGACGUGCUCCGACCUAAGGAGCCGGAGCCAGAGGUAUACGCAGAGGCUGCAUUGAAGUACCUGGAGCGUUAUUGGUCCAUUCGUCCUAUGCCUCGAGCUCAAUCGCAAGUGACCGCCAUCCUUGAGCAGCUGUACGAGAUACGACAAAACAUGAAGUCUUUAGACCAUGCAUUGCAGCAAGCUAAAACCGCAGGACCCUCAGAUCUCCCUGGUUCGCCCAAAUCUCUGGCGAAUGAAGAGGAACAACGGAUUCACGAUUUGAAUACCAGAAUCAAGCAAUUGCAAGCUCGAAAAGAAACGCUUCAGAAAAAACGGUCUGCACCUCGUCAUUUAGGGAAGGCGAAAGCAACUCGAGCGCCUCUUCCAGAGCCGUCGCCAUCGACCCCCAAGGCCGAUGUGCAGGAGGACAUGUUCUGGGGUACUCCAGGUGGACCGUUGCGCACACCUGCUCGCACCCUCCAGUUCAACGAUCUACUGUUGAAUGAGCAAGUGGAUUUGGGUGAUGUCACGUCGUCGUUUGCGAGCCCGGUGUCUGCUGUCCGCGGUCGAAGCAUCAGCUGCCCGUCUUCAUCCCUGUCGAUGCAGGAACUAUCUGUCGAUGAGCCCGAAGAGCAUAUUGAUCCUGUUCAAGAACCGGAACCGGAACGUGUCGAGGAACCUGACGUUACAAUGCAGCCUCGAUCUCCAGAUUCGGACAAUGGGGAGCCGGAACAGGACGCCGAAGACGAUAAUACGAUCAUUUUCAACACACAAAACACUCCGCCCCCAUCUGUACCUCCCGACGCAAACGAUCCGUCAGAGGUAGAGAUCGUGCCUCCCACACCCCUUCGACCACGAGUCAACCCAGCCAAUACUACCCCAUCGCGAUCAGCGAGGAGGCCUAAGGUACGGAUAACGAACGAAGUCGAGCGGAUCACUUCGAAGAUAUGGGCCACAGUCGGCGAUCUCAUCAUGCCAGGUCACCCGUUUGACACAUCAGGAAGCGGUGUCCACAGGCCACCACAUGCGAAAGAAACGAUCGCGCACCUUCAAUCCCUCGCUUCUCAAAUUCCCGAGCCACCAUCUCCCACCGCGUCCAGCUUAUCCUCGGUGACCAACACCACCAACCCAUCCGGGAAACCUAAUCUCGCUCAGAUCCUGACCGCCCAUAUGUUGCUCGCCCUCCUCUCUUCACCGCCCAAUUUCGCCUUGCCACUCACCAAGCUGAAAGAGGUCCUGAGCGCCAAGAAUGCAGCUUCAGGCAGCACAGGAAUCCUCUCCAACCAGGUCUCCACGCGCGUAUUGUACGGAUGUGUGGCGAAAAGGUUGGUGAAGAUCGACAGAGGUGGCGGGGAGCAGGUAGUCAGGUUCGACGUUUGA